AUGGUGUGGGUGCCCUUGGGAUUCCCGCGGACUGAUGACCUUGCUUCACGCCCCAGUACCGCCUCCCCCAAAAUGUCGCUUGAGUGGCUCGUGGCCUGGAGCUGGUCGCUGGAUGGCCUGAGGGACUGCAUCGCCACCGGCAUCCAGUCGGUGCGGGACUGCGACACCAUGGCCGUGGUCACCGUGGCCUGCUUGCUGGUCCUGUUUGUGUGGUACUGUUAUCAUGUGGGCCGGGAGCAGCCACGGCCCUACGUCUCGGUCAACUCUCUCAUGCAGGCCUCUGAUGCCGCCGGGCUGCAGAACGGCUUCGUGUACUGCCAGUCCCCCGAGUGCGUGCGCUGCGCCCACAACGAGGGCCUCAACCAGAAGCUCUACCACAACCUGCAGGAGUACGCCAAGCGGUACUCCUGGUCGGGCAUGGGCCGCAUCCACAAGGGCAUCCGCGAGCAGGGCCGCUACCUCAACAGCCGGCCCUCCAUCCAGAAGCCCGAGGUCUUCUUCCUGCCCGACCUCCCCACCACGCCCUACUUCUCCCGGGACGCGCAGAAACAUGAUGUAGAACUGCUGGAGCGCAACUUCCAGACUGUUCUGUGCGAGUUUGAGGCCCUCUACAAAGCUUUCUCGAACUGCAGCCUCCCACAAGGAUGGAAAAUGAACAGCACGCCCAGCGGGGAAUGGUUCACCUUUUACUUGGUCAAUCAGGGGGUUUGUGUUCCCAGGAACUGCAGGAAGUGCCCACGGACGUACCGCUUGCUUGGAAGCCUUCGGACCUGUAUUGGGAACAAUGUUUUUGGGAACGCGUGCAUCUCUGUGCUGAGCCCCGGGACCAUGAUCACGGAGCACUAUGGGCCCACCAACAUCCGCAUCCGCUGCCACCUAGGUCUGAAAACCCCAAAUGGCUGUGAGCUGGUGGUGGGGGGAGAGCCUCAGUGCUGGGCGGAAGGGCGCUGUCUGCUCUUUGAUGACUCUUUCCUGCACACCGCGUUCCAUGAAGGUUCAGCAGAGGACGGCCCUCGGGUGGUUUUCAUGGUGGAUCUGUGGCAUCCGAACGUUGCAGCGGCUGAGCGGCAGGCACUCGAUUUCAUCUUUGCUCCAGGACGAUGAGAGAACUUAGACUGCUGGAGCCGGCGAGAGAAGCCGAGGCAAGCCUGGGCGGACUGCAGCACAGUCCAGCCCCGCCAUGCUGCGAUUCCACACUCAGAAACCUGCCUCCACAGAGAGCUCUCAUUGGGGAUUUUGUACCAUGUUGAGUCCCUCUUUCCUUUGGUUAUUGUAAAUGGACACUUUUCAGCUUGUAUUUCCUUAGGUUUUUUUUCCUCCCCAUCAUUUGCUUCUGAGAUUCCUUUCUGGCCUAAUAGUGCAUUCGUUUGACUCUGUGACCAGAGACUUGGUGCCCUUGUAAGUCUGUGUUAUGUUGCUACUCUGUUUUUUCAGUGCUCUGAAAGAGAGUAACUGAAUGGUUAUUUGUCUGAAUGUAAAAAUGCAAAACUUCUUGUGGUCAUCUUGAAAGAAGAAAACAAAACUAAACUGGAAACUGCAAAUCAGAGAGCAGGAGACCUUGGCCUCUGAUGCUGGCACACAAGGGACCCUUCAGCCACCACAGGGCAGGGCUGGAGAGGCUGCCAGACAUGAUGGGGUGGUGCACAGCGUCCAGGCCAGGGAACCUGUCACCAUCGCUCACCCUCACCCAUCAGGUCCCUGAUGACAAAAGCCUUCGGCUGGUAGGGCGAGGCUGUUCUUGAAACACCACUUUCCUACAGAGCUGAAAGACAGCCACACUGCGGCUCACCCGGGUCAGCCCUAGAACGUGGGAUCCACUUACCUCACUGCCUACAGAAGCCCUACUGCCAAACCAGGCUGGAAGAUUGCCAGUGCAGCGGUUUUGAGUCCGAGGUGGUGAACGUUAAGACCACGUAGGCUGGCUGGCAGGAGCGCUGGCGGGAUGAGUCCUCACUCCUCCGGUGACAUUCUGAAAAAGCCUUUCUCUGGCGGACCUGGAAUCAUAGAUCUGGCCAAAGUGUCUGUUUUGCUUUGGAGUUCUGCUGCCUAUGUUUUUUUUCAUUUAUUUGUCUAUAUGUAAAAGUUCAAACACUAGACUCAGAGCUAGUGAGAGUCGGCCCUGAGUUUCUGUCACUGCACAAAGAUGUGCACUGAGUGACAGUGAGCCGAGUCAGGGUGUCAGUGAGGACACAGGGAGGACCUACAAACCCGAAGGACCCAUGGUCACUGUGCUGGCUUUCUGGCCUCCUGUGAAGAACAUGCAGCUCUCUUCCCAGAGGAGACGGCACCAGGAGGUCAGCUUGAGGCCUCAGUCUGGAAACAGCCUGUGUGCACAGAUGUGUGAAUAUGCUGCUGGCCAGUCAUACUAAGAGAGCCUUUUUGAAUAAUGCAUUAUGGACAGUGUCCGAUGUAUAAGGCCAGGGUGUGGUCUGGAAUAUACAGCCGGUCACAGGUCAGGUUCAGUGUUUAGAUUGGAAUGGAAACCAGCAGCUUCUGUGAGGUACAGCUGUCCAAAGUAAACACAAUGCAAAAUGCGCUAGGUAAUCACUAGCAAGUGUGCACAGAGAACAUGUCUACGUUGGAGUAAAAUGUCUACACAGAUAUUUAAUGUCAGUGAUGAGAAUGCAGGAAGAGGCAGAAAUUGAAACAUACCUGAAGUCUUUGUACUCAUUGCCUUGUUACAGAAUCACUUGAGGUGCAUGAUUUCUACAUCCUGACUGCCCUACGUUUACAAAGCCAACAGCCCACACAGGUAGCACAAUGGCCACCUGUGCUCAUGUGACAUGGUUGGGGAACAGAAGAUAAAUAAAGGAUCUUGCUGAAAACCA